CGGUGAUUGGCUGAGCGGGCGGUGACGCGGCCGUGGCACAGACAGUGUGACAGAAUCUUCAGUUUUGUUGCAGAUUUUGUUGCAGGUUUGUCGCGAUCGUAACGAUGCUGGUCAAUAAGGUCUUCAGAGCCGGUCUGCAGUCUGGGAUCCGGCUGCAGAGCACCAAUGCUGCUGCUGCCAAAGCAGCUUCCAGCAGCCAUGCAGGAUCCCUUGGCUUCUGUUUCGAGAUGACGGAUCAGCAGAAGGAAUUCCAACAGCUGGCAAGGAGAUUUGCACGUGAAGAAAUGGUGCCUGUUGCAGCUGCUUAUGACAAGAGUGGUGAAUAUCCAUUCCCCGUCAUCAAGAAGGCAUGGGAGCUUGGUCUGGUGAACGGUCACAUCCCACAGGAGUAUGGUGGAAUGGGCUUGUCAAUCUUUGACAGCUGUCUCAUCACAGAGGAGCUGGCUUACGCCUGCACGGGAAUGCAGACCGCCAUGGAGGCAAACUCGCUGGGGCAAAUGCCUGUUAUUAUUGCUGGCAGUGACGCACAGAAGAGGAAGUAUCUUGGGAGGAUGACCGAGGAGCCUCUCAUGUGUGCGUACUGUGUCACUGAGCCCGGGGCAGGUUCGGAUGUGGCCGGCCUCAAGACUCGAGCUGAGAAGAAGGGUGAUGACUACGUUGUGAACGGACAGAAGAUGUGGAUCACCAACGGAGGGAAAGCCAACUGGUACUUCCUUCUUGCUCGCACCAACCCUGAUCCCAAAUGUCCUACCAGCAAGGCUUUUACUGGCUUCAUUGUGGAUGCAGACACCCCAGGAAUUCAAAUAGGAAGGAAGGAGAUGAACAUGGGUCAGAGGUGCUCUGACACCAGAGGGAUCACCUUUGAGGACGUGAGGAUACCGAAGGAGAACGUCCUGAUCGCAGAGGGAGCCGGCUUCAAAAUCGCCAUGGGAGCCUUCGACAACACCAGGCCACCAGUGGCAGCAGGAGCAACAGGCCUGGCUCAGAGGGCCCUCGAUGAAGCCACCAGCUACGCCCUGGAGAGGAAGACCUUCGGGAAACUUAUUGCCGAGCACCAGGCCGUGUCGUUCCUCCUGGCUGAAAUGGCAAUGAAGGUGGAACUGGCCAGGAUGGGGUACCAGCGCUCUGCUUGGGAAGUGGAUCAAGGCCGCAAAAACACCUACUAUGCCUCCAUCGCCAAGGCGUUCGCCGGAGACAUCGCCAACCAGGUGGCCACCGACGCCGUCCAGGUCUUCGGAGGCAAUGGCUUCAACAGCGAGUACCCAGUGGAGAAGCUGAUGAGGGACGCAAAGAUCUACCAGAUUUACGAAGGCACAGCUCAAAUCCAAAGGCUCAUUAUUGCAAGAGAACACCUGGGAAGAGCCAAGAAAUGAACCCUGCUGCCUGACGUGUGUUGUAGUUUCUCUGUACAUAAUUUGUUUCUACUAAAGGAAAUCUCCCACUUACACUCAGGACGCAGCUCAGACGAUCAUUUGCCUUAAUGUAGUUUCAUCCUGCUGCUUUUUAUCAGACUGAUCCGGACCUUAGAAAGGGAGACUGCCAUCUCUAAUCAUAAUAAACAGUUAUGUACAGUAAAUAUCUGGCCAUAUCUGGUUUAGCACAUGUUUGCAAACCAGUAAACAUCAUUCUUUUGCUAAAUUAGAUAUUUUUCAUACUAUUCUUGGACAUGAGGGAAUUGAUAAGUUGAUCAAAUCUGCACACCAACUGUUUUAGACUGAUACUGAUUAUGUUCACAUUCAAUGUUCUGAUGUGCAGUCAAAUGCGAAAAGGCGAAUGUAUUUGACUUCAUGCCUUAUUCAGCCUUUGACAUCCUUAAACGAUUGCGUUUGUAGAAUAGCAUCGGAUGUGAGAAUGACAUUUUCACUAUAAUGUGUAGAGACACAAAUGUAUAUAAUAACUGCUUGAUAUCUGAAAAUGACUUCCAACAGCUCUGCAUUGAAGAACUCCGGUCGCAGAGGGAUCAGUUUUACAUUUCCUCUCUGCAGAGUUGUUGUUUCGAAGUGUUGAAUGUGAUAUUGUAUGAGGGCUGUUGCCUUGACAACACAUUUUGUUGACUGUAUGCCAUCCAUUUAUUAAAUUAUUCCAUGCCUUCUAGAUGUCAUGGUGGUGUUGCUUUCAUCAACAUAAAGAAAAUUAGUUUGAAUUUUUUCAUCUUUUCUUGUUGAGAGAUCAAGAAAAACAGAAACUGAGGUGGAUGUGACUUGGUGACGACACAUUUUCCAGUCUUACAAACUGGGAUGAACUUUUCAUUGUUUAUGCAACUGGAGAUGAUUCAUUCAAACUUUUGAAAGAUCAACCAAAUAAUGAGUACAGUUUUUUUUUUAUUCUUUCACAAUUCACUCUUUUUUUUUUUUUUCUUGUUUUGUCCAACUGAGCACAAAUUUCUUUUUUUUUUCCCCUCUCCGCUAUUGUAGUCCAUCUACUGCUGGGAAAUGUGUCAUCCUGUACUUUCCUCGUCAGUAUGAAGGGCUAUGAGAUUGCUAAAUGUAAAAUAAAUAAAAAAUCCAAUCCUGUAA